AUGAUCGUCCGACAUAUGCAAGACAAUAAAAUACCGGUAGAUCCGGUCGUGGCUAGUGCAAAUGAGGAUGUAAUGCCAUCGUUUACAUGCCAUCCUACACAUGAUUCUGCAUCACCCUCAGAUAGAUUAAUGUGUUCAGAAGCACGAGCUGACCAUUAUCGAAGAAGAACAAAACAUCAUAAAUACGAGAAGCAGUUUGAUGGAACACGGCUGUGUGUUUGGUAUGGUGCCGAGGAAAACGAUAAUAUUGAAGGAUGUCAAGGUAUAGCGUUCUUUUGUUUAAUACUUAGUUUGUUACAGAUGUUGCUACUACCCACCAGACAUUUUUGAUAUCUUUGGUUCUUUCAGGAAGCCAGCGCCAACAGUGCACUUAAAUUCGAAAUCAUGCCACAAAGCCGAGAGCUGACUUAUUUUCUGUACUUCAGAAGGAGCGCAUCAACUCAUCUAUUGCCUGUCGUUUGUGAAUGUCUGACAUAUAUUCUCCACGUCGUAAUAUUCGAGUUGUACAUAUUUUUCCACUUUCUAAUUUCAAAUUGUUUGAUGACUGUAAUGAGGAUCAUAUACUUGGUAUAAGUGAUCCAAGAAAUGGUUUAUUACUACACAAAAUU